AUGAUAAGGCCAGUUUUACGCACACGCAAACACUUCUCUGUGGCUGUGCGCGUGAGGCUUCAUUUUUGUUUAUUUA